AAUUCCAGAAUGUCAGCUGAAAAGAGGAAUUUUGAAAUGAUUGUCUCUUGCUUCAGGUACUCGUUGCUAUUCACCCCACGAUGCGUGUAAAGAAUACCAACGAAUCUCAAAGACAGCAGACAGACAGCAGCGAGUACGGUGCGUACAGUUCUCACUCACCACAGUGUAUGGCUCAUUACUUUGAUGUCGAGGCGAAGCUAUGGAAACCUUUGCCAUCUCUAGCACAAUUAGAUGAAAAAACUAGCUCAAUCUUUUGUGCAGAACACAGUGGAAACUACCUAUUUGUAGCUGGAAAUAAUCAGAGUUGUUAUAAUUUUAUACAUCGAUAUGAUGUGGUAAAUAAUUCAUGGGUUAAACCACCAGAUCUCGAAAAUUACGACAAAGUUAACUGCUUGUGUGCUAUCGGUGACUAUCUUUACGCCAUAAGUGAGUUAAAAACUCCUCAAAGGUACAGUUUGAAAAAUAACAGUUGGCAAGGUGGGGAAGAGUUGAAUUUCAGUAACCCAGAAGGCUUUCCACGGGGACUAUACGAGGAGAGAUUAAGUACUGUAGCAACAACAGUAUUAAAGUCUAGAAUAUAUGUAAUUCAUGGUUAUAAAAAAUAUGAAGGUGACCGACAUGAUCAGGAAUGGGUCGCUAAACCAGCCGUGGUUCAUUGUUUUGACCCAAAAUAUAAUGAGUGGAAAAAGAUCGCUUCGACCUGCCAUCCUCACUUUGGAUCCUGUCUGUUUGUUGUUAAUAACAAACUUUGUGUGGCGGGAGGAAAUACUUCUGAACAAGGAUACAAAUCUGUAUCUGCACGUUCUAAACAAAGAUAUAAAUCUACACCUGUGGAAGUGUAUAAUGAAGCUACUGACACCUGGUCCGUAGAGCCUCAGAAACAUAUUCCCCCAAACGGCUUGGGUGCGGUUGAAAUAGAGGGGAGGGUGUAUUUCAUAAUCAAUAAAUUUCCAGUUGACAGUGGAAUUAGAAUUCCACCUGAGGAAAUGUAUCAGGUUGACCUAAGUGAAUGGAAAAACUUAUCAGAAGUCCGUGUUAUUAAAGGUCGUGAAGAUAGUGUAGUUUUGUGUUAUUUGCCAGUCAAGGGAGAAAACUUGAAAUGUAGGACUCAGUUAGUUCUAGGAAUCUAUUCUCCACCAGUGCUACAAUGUUUCCACCCAAAUAAAAAUAAAUGGGAAGAAAAGGCAACGACCUGCCACCCUCACUUUGGAUCCAGUCUUUUUGUAGUCAACAACAAACUUUUCCUAGCUGGGGGCUUUCUUUCGAUUACUUCCGAUGGACGUCCCUAUGGCAGUCCAGCACCUGUAGAAAUGUAUAACGAAGAAACUAACACUUGGUCUGUUGUUGAGCAAAAACAUAUUCCCGCUAACAAUCUCAAUGCUGUGGAAAUAGAAGGGAGGGUGUACUUCAUCAUAAAUAAAUUCCCAAUCGACAGUGGGAUUAGAAUUCCACUAGGGGAGUUGUAUCCUGUUCCACUGGGUGAGUGGGAAAAUUUAGGAAACAUUGACCAAUCUGCAGUCCUUUGCUAUUUGCCUUCAAAGAGAGUUUAUCUGAAAACUGAAUGA